GCUUUUAAUAACUUUUAACUCCAAAAAGACAAAUAUCCCACGUCCCUAUCAGCUCCAAUUGCUUGGACUUGUUUCACACUUUCCCUAUAACCCUGGCAACAAGUCACCUUCAUGCACAUCCACGUGUACAAGCAGUCGGCAACGUGGGUCCCACAAUAUCAUUUCAACAAGUAAGAACCCACCUAAGAUAUCAACCAACUUAGUCCAAAAAAAUCUCAAGCCCGACCUUUCGGCCCAACCCAAGGUCCAAGAAACAUCACAAACCCAAUUGUUACAACACACGUGUCCAGUACACGUGUCCAAUAAUUCGCACAUCCUAAAGUACAUUUCAUUGUACUGAUUCACUCCAGUCAAAGCAGCCAAUCAGUUUACGCGUAGACAUUGGUGCCACGUGUUGUCCCAGAUUGUCUGGUUUUAAUCUUUCUAUAAAUGGAACCAACGGUAUCCUUAACCGACUCCAGGUCCUAAUUCCAAAUUGUUAACUUUCCAAUCUUGAAAUGAAAACAGAGCAUAUCUCAAAAGCCAAAAAUUGAAAAACAUUCAAAUUUAAACCUUAAACGCUUUAGUUCGUUCAAUGAUUCAAAGAUUUGACCGGAAUGAUCGCCGGAUUUUGACAUUCCCGGCGGUCCAUCCCUGUGAGAAUAUAUCUCCGGCUACCCUUUUGGAUUCUUUGAUUACUCUGUCUUGUAACAUAUGCAAUUUCAAAUCCAAAUUCUUUGCAACUCAAAGGAAAAAUGUCCGAGAAACCAUUAGACAAGUGGGAAUCCUCUUGAUUUUUUUCGAGGAAAUCCGAGAUAAUCUUCCAAGUAUUAAAGAUUCCAUUAUUCUUUGUUUUGCAGAACUCCACACAACAUUCCAAAAGCUAAAAUUUCUAUUAGAUGAUUGCACACGUGAAGGGGCAAGAACUUGGAUGCUUAUGAAAUCCCACUCUGUAGCGAGCCAAUUUCGAGCUUUGAUUAGAACUGUGGCUACAGCACUUGAUGUUCUUCCUUUGAAUUCUCUUAAUAUUUCUAGAGAAAUCAAGGAGUUAGCGAUAAUGGUGGCUAAUCAAGCAGAGAGGGCAAAAAUGGAGCUGGACCCUGAAGAUGAAGAUGCUAUGAAAAGGGUAAUUCUAAUUGUGAACCAAUUUGAGAAUAAGUACGAGCCAGACACACGUGUAAUCAAGAAAGUUCUGGAUUAUCUUAAUAUCUCCACUUGGGCUCAAUGUCACAAGGAGAUUAAAUUCUUGGAGGAAGAGAUCAAUUUUGAAUGCUCAGAGAAUUACGAAAGAGAAGUGCCUAUGUUAAGCAGUUUAGUAGGAUUCUUGAGCUACUGCAGAGGAAUUCUGUUCGAGGAUUCUGUUUAUGGCAACACUGAUCAAUUAGAUGGAACAUCCAAUCUUGAAACUUUAACUUGCUUGAAUCCUGAGGAUUUUCGGUGUCCGAUUUCUCUUGAACUCAUGACGGAUCCUGUAACAGUAUCCACGGGUCAAACCUAUGAUCGUGCUUCUAUUCAAAGAUGGCUCAAGUCAGGGAACCUCCUCUGUCCCAAAACAGGGGAGAUUCUACAAAGCACAGAAUUAUUACCUAAUUCGACUCUGAGGAAGCUCAUUCAACAAUUCUGCGCUGAUAAUGGAAUAUCCUUGGCUAAAUCAUGGAAGAAAAAUCGCGAUAUAUCGCGUACUAUUUUACCAGGAAGUCCAGCAGCUGCUGAAGCAAUCAAAUUCCUCUCCGAAUUUCUAGCAAGCAGACUUUAUUUUGGUUCGGAUCAGCAGAUAACCAAGGCUGCUUAUGAAAUUCGUUUGCUGGCAAAAUCAAAUAUUUUCAACAGGUCCGUAUUAAUUGAAGCUGCAUCUAUCCCAGAACUCUUACAGAUUCUUAACACAAAUGAUCCAAUUAUGCAAGAGAACUCAAUUUCUGCUUUGCUCAAACUAUCAAAACAUUCAAAUGGAAAGAAAGUGAUUAUGGAAAAUGGAGGCCUGAAUUUGAUUAUCCGUGUUCUUAAGGAUGGGUUAAAGUUAGAAGCUAAGCAAAUUGCAGCUGCCAUAAUUUUCUACAUCUCUUCACCUCGCGAAUAUCGAAAGGCAAUCGGAGAAAAUCCAGAAGUGUUUCCAGCUUUAGUUGAACUCAUCAAAGAAGGAACAAGUUGUGGGAAAAAGAAUGCCAUUGUUGCGAUAUUCGGGUUACUGCUGAGUCACAGGAACCAUGAGAGAGCACUUGGAGCUGGAACAGUUCGAGCACUAGUUGAUCUUUUAACUUCCUCAGAUAAAGCUGAACUAAAUACAGAUGCACUGGCAGUUCUAGCUUCAUUAGCAGAAAAAACUGAAGGGUCAUUUGCAAUUCUAGAAUCUUCAGCAUUACCAGUAAUAUUGAGUCAAUUACAGAAUUUAACAUCUCGAGCAGGAAAAGAGUACAGUGUUUCCAUUUUAUUAUCUUUAUGCAUCAACUGUGGCGCGGAGGUAUUAGCCGCUUUGGUAAGAGAGCAGGCGCUUAUGCCACUUCUUUAUUCACUUUUGACAGAAGGAACCAGCCAAGCAAAGAAGCGGACACGCUCUCUUAUUAAGAUUCUACAGAAAUUCUGUGAAACAAGUACUUCUAGGUUUGUGAGUGAAGUUCCACAAGAACAAUUUAUUGAUGUAAGGUGAAAGGUCGCAGGAUUUAUUUUUCUUCUCCUGGUCCGUGUAAAUAUAUCCUGAUAGUGGUAGUUAUAUGUGUCAAGUUUAGCUCCUCUCUUUUUUUCAGGAGCUAAAUGCAGAGUAGGUCAUCGGGUUUGGGAACUUAUACCUGAAUAAAUUUGUAACACAAUUCUUUGUUGUGAUGAUAAUGAAUUUGGACUUGUGUGAUAA